UCUAUUAUCAGUCAUAAAAGGGAACGCAACUCCAGUCUGCAGGGAGAAACAAGACACUAAGACCCAGCGCAGUUAAUUUAAGAAUCAUUGCAACUAAAGGAAUAAACUAUCGUCCAAUAAUGAACGAAGAGAGCAUCAGACCCAGCCCUCAGGAUUUGUUACGGCCACCUCAAAUUGGGACUGGUGAUAGAAGAACAGUGUUCACAGGAGGAGGAGGAGGAGGACAGGAGAAUGGUGGGAAUGCACUGUACCCUAUACCCAGUAGCCCUUCUCCUAUUAGUGGAGGGAGUAGUAGCUCCACUGGCAUUGCCAAACCAAAAGGAGGAGGAGUGAAAACUAGCAGUAAUGGAUACACUAAACUAGCUGUAUCAAGUGAUGAGUAUAUCUUAGCUGGGGGUGUCUCAAUGCUGGAUGGUAGUACCAAGUUACGUAUCAUGGAGGCAGAGCUCAAUAUUGUCCGAAGAGACUUCUCUGAGUUACUGGCCGAGCGUAAUACGUUAGAAACGCAGUGCAGGAGGUAUGAGGACUCUUGGAGGUUCACUGUACAGCAGCUAGCAAGAGCUAUUGAGCAAAGAAAUGAUGCAGUGUCACAAUUACAGAUACUAGAGGGAGGAGGCUCACCUGUAAUGAAGGCAUCAAGGAGUCCUGAAUUUAAGAUGAAGAAGAUGAAGUCACAGCAAUUGAGGGUCGAGCUGGACUCCAUUAUGCAGCAGCUGAACACUCAAAUGAGGGUCUCAAGACAACUCGAGUUUGAGAGGGACAAAGCCAACGACGAAUGCGACUUGACAAAGGCUCAGCUCCAAACUGUCAUCCUUCAGAAUCAGGACCUGAUCAAUGCCUGUGCUGAAGUAGCCCGGCAGAGAGACAGGGCUAUAGCUGAGAAAGAGGUUUUGAGAGAAGAGCUAAACAGGUAUGACAAUGAGUUGGAGUGCAUAGUUGACUUUGAAGGAGAUAAUGAAGCUCCCAGCAGCACUAGAGAAAAGCUCCUACUACAGCAAAUUAAAAUGCUCAGAGAACAAAGAGAGCAAUUACAGACUACGUAUCAUCAGACGAUCGAGCAGUAUAAGAAACAGGUUUCAAAGUUGACUUUAGAUAAAAGAAAUGCAGCAGCUUCUGCUGAUGGAAUGAGAGCGUUGCUUCAAAGAAGACUGGAAGGCUCACAGACUGAGAACACGGAACUGAGAGCAGAAUUAAGGACAUCAAGUGAACUGAUAACUCAAUUGAAGAACCAGUUAGCUCACCUCAGACUCUCACAGCAGGGCCAGUCCUCUUACCUUUCCACUGGGAGUAUGACUACUAGCGGUGAUGGGAACUCCACCUCUCCUGACUCACCUCCUGAAUCCCAAUCUAGCGAACUUCAGGUUCUUAGUUUCAAGCCUGGUUCUGCUGGUUUAAGAUCCACUCUCUCUCAAGACACUGGAACAAUACUGUACAACGAGGGCUCAGUUGGAAGCAGCAGCUCCACCAACACUCCUUCGUUAACACAGCAUUCUGAUCUCAUCUCUCCUGGUGGGAGCUCAUUGUCUGGUUACAGAGUAUCAAGCGCUCGUACCAGACGGAAUCAUUAUGUUCCAACUGCUUCACCUUUCCCUGAGGAAACACACAAUCAUAGCUCAGAGGAAGAGAGCUCCAGCUGGAUAUGAGUUAACUGUUGUGUCCUCUUCUUCUCACUCAUCACUUUGUUUAAUUUUUACACCAUACAUGUAUCUUUAUUUGUGUCUCUUUUCUUUUUUGUUACCAUUAUUAUUAUUAUAACAAACAUCGAUUCACUACUCCAUACUGUACAUGAAUUCCCAUACAAAAUCAACAAACAGUUUAUUGAUAAUUAUAUCAUUAUUUUACUGACAAAAAGUUUUGAUUAUAAACUAGCCAACUUGUGUUUUUAUUCAUUGAUUCAUUCAUUAAUUGUAUUCCGUA